AUGUUACCAGAAGAAGCAAACCACGAUAUACAUUCUGUUUUCAAUUGGAUAUCACUAAUAACGGGGAAACACGUAGCCACAUUGGAAACAAUUAGUGAUGGUAUUUUGUUAAUCCACCUGAUAAAUAAACUUUGCCGAACUUCUAUUGUCCCGACGUUUUCUUUAUCCGAAUAUGAAGACAUUUUCCCUAAGGCUAAGGCUAAGAAGACACUUUCGAAAUUUCAGAGAGUUUCGAACGUAAAUGUUUUAAUGGAUUGGUUAAAUAAUGAUCGAAAAAGCCCAUACUUUGGAAGUUCUCAAAGUGGAGACAACGCAAUCUUAGGAGUGACUUGUAUGGAUAUAGUUGAGAGUAACGAUGGAUACAUGACCAAGUUUUUGUGGUCUCUUUUUUGGGACUUCUCACUAUUUAUACGUGAGCCAGCACAGAAAGACAUGCAGGUUAUCAAAACAGAAUUUUUAAAAACUUGGUUAUUGCAAUUUGUUUCUGAUAUUAACGAUUUCAAAGCGUCGACAUGGCUAACCGAAAAAAAACUGGAUGAACUAUUGAACGCGUUAGAACUACAUGGCGAAGAGGUACAGCAGGACUAUGGUUUAUCGUUAUUUAUCGAUGAAAACUCGGAUGAGUGGUCCGUGUAUGUAUAUCUUUGUUGCUUAUAUGAGACUCAAAAGGAUAAACAUCCAUUUAUUGAAAGUAGAGAAGAUACCGAAUCUGAAAAAGGUGGCGAGUUUGUGGAUUUUUUUGGUCCCAACAUUCUAAGUAAGGCUAGCGCAAUAUCAGAACAUAAUUAUAACAUGCCACUUAAGUUAAAAAUUGAAACAUUCACCGUCAUUGUAUUGGAUAUUAUUCGAUUGAAGAAACGGUAUCUAAGAAAAGUAGAGAAAGUUUUAUUUGAAUUGCUCGAGGUUUUUGGUGAGUUUGUAGCUUAUGAUAACCUCGAAUAUUCUGACGAUGCUAAUAUACCGCAAAUCUUAUCUGUGAAUGACAUUGAAAGUGCCGAAAAGUUAAUGGUUAAUUCUACUCAUAUCAAUGGAUCAUUAAAUAAGGCUAUAGAAAGUAUUUCGUUUGUGGAGAAUUAUCGCAGGUCCACGAAACGUAGGGUUUACGAGCAGUAUGUGGAAUUACAGAUCUUGAGAAGUCAACUACAGGAUGUCCUUGCAACUUACCAUUUGCAUGAAUUUGUUGACCCACCACAAAAGUCCAUAGAGAAACUUACAAAAUUUAUCGAACUGUUGAAGAAAUCAGAAACUAAUGUUUAUGACAAUGCCCAAUCGUUUGUCAAUGGAACUAUUAACAAAUUAACCUCCAACAUAGUUGAAACUUCCAGCUUGUUGAACGUCAAGUUAGAUAAUUUAGAGGAGCAAAUCCUUCAAAUAAAUCAAAGUUGUUGGGAGACAAGGGUACAACAAUUUCAAUCUAUUAAAAUGGAAAAAAUCUACGAACUUCACCUAAAAACCGUGCAUUAUCAACAUCAGCUUCAGUUGAUAAACACUUCUUUGGCAAAAGGUUUUGAUUUAAAUUCUUCAAUGAUUAUUAACAAUCAAAGGAAUAGAAUUCAGUUUCUUGAGGAUUGUAUCAAUAAAUCAUUAACUAACAUGAAGUAUAUCGAAACACAAAAAUCCGACGCAGUGGAAGUGCUUAAAAUAGCAGAAGCUGCUGAGAAAUACAAGUCAGAGAUCAAUGGUCUCAGUGAAGAUGAUGAACAGCUAAAGGUUCAUUUGUUUGUGCUUAAGUUAAUUCAAAAGAAGUUCCAUUUCCAAAAUAUUGAUCCAAUACGUGUUUUAUUUGAUUCCCAUGAUACUGCAACUAAGGGAUAUCUAACCAAGUCAGAGUUUAGGAGGGCUUUUUUGAAGGCGUAUCCGGAUACAGAAAAGUUGGGGGGACUAGAAGAGAUCGACACGAUAUUUGAAACCAGUUAUGAGGUUGUGGGUAAAAUGAGAAAGAGUAUGGAGUUUCCACAAUUCAAGGCGAUCAUUAGCCUCGGCGCUUCAAUGGAAGAUGUUAAUAUCAAGGAAGUUAUUGAAUGUGAAUCUGAGGAUGACACUAUCAGCGUUUCUUCGAGAACCAGUCAGUUUACUAGGCUAAUUGCUGAAAUGGAAAAUAUGCCUAUAACCACAAAUCUAACCAGUGAUUAUUUUUUAAAAGAGUUUAACAAAUUAUCCAGUGACAAAGAAGUUAUCUCCAAGGAGGAUGUGAAUAAAAUCAACAUGAACAAACAUUUAGAAAAGCACCUAGAGGCUAUAUUUCCUAAUAGAAGAUACACUUUAUGGUUUAGACAAAUUGAGGAGAGUACACUAUAUCAGGAUGAGGAAAGUGACGAGAAGACGAUAGUUGAAGAGCGUGAAAUUCCGCUAAAGAACGUCCUAUACGAGCUGGAAAAGGUUGAUUUGAAUAAGUUGUAA